GGUUAGAGCUGAGCGGCGUUAAUGUGCCUCGUGUACUUACCCCCGCAGAACUACAUGACACUUCAGAACACCGCGCGCCCAGGAGCCGGUCUCACCUGGCUCCACUCACCUGACCGGACUUGUGCUUUCAUUUCGGGACUGACCUGGAGGAGAAAUGGCCUCUCAAGAGACUUUUAACGAGUUCGGCUGCAGUUCGUCCGAGGAGGACAGCGCUCGUCCGGACUCGGAGGAGAAGAAGACGUCGUCGUCGUCUCCAGCGGUGCGUCGGCAUCAUCCGUUCAGCGUAGAGGCGCUCAUGUCCGGGAGGAAGACGGAGGGUCGCGGCGGGGAGUCCGCUCGGUGUAAAGCGGAGGUGGCGGUGUCUCCUCUGGGUUUGAACCCUUUGUAUCUUUACAGAGAGAAGUGCGGAGUUCCAGAUGGGAGCAGGAGGUGUUUGACUGCCGAGCCUUCAUCUCCGGUUAAAUCCGAGACAUCAGAGUCAGAGGAGUCCUGGGUCACCGGGAGCGCGUUUUCACAACAGCCCCGUAAGUUUCUACCUCAUCGAAAAAUCAAUGUAGUUCAUCUGACCUUUAAAGAAACUGCACUGGAGUCAGGGUCUGUUUACGAGCAAUGUGUCCUACUGCAGUUUAGAGUAAAAUACUAAACUUUUUAAUGCUCUUACUUAGAUUUUCUGUUGAAAGGUAGAGCAGAGUGGACUGAAGGAAUUUAGAUAACAAAGACAGUGUGUGUGAAACUGCACUGCUAAUACAAUCAUACACUGUAUGUUAGCAAUUCAUGAAAUCAAAUCUAUUACAAAGAAAGUCCUGAUGUUCAAUUUUCAACACAAUAUUUAUAUAACCCAAGGAUCAGAAAAAAACAGCACAAAGACUGACGUUCCAUCCUCAACAUAGGGCUGGACGAUAUGGGAAAAAGUUUAUCACGUCAAUAUCGAUAUAUAUCAGGAUAUUAAAAAAUUACUUGUCAAUCUUAAAUGUUCCUCGUUACUCUUAAAUCAAAUUUAACAGUGCCUAUUGGUAGCAUGUCUUUUGCAAUACAAUAAGCAACUGCAUCUGUGAGGUCUUUGUGUAUUUUGACAUUUUGUCAUACGGCUUUGCGCUAAAGAAUGUGGAAUGGUCAGCUGUUUCAGCUGCACAGGCGCCAUGGGCUCCUUGCUCUGUUCCGGGUUUGUAACCCUUUGCAUUGUGCGCACUCUGCCGCGUGGGGAAAAGAUUUGAGGUAUUAAACGACUUUGCGAGAACAUGUGCGCAAUGUAAUUUGAAGUGCACAUUACUCGGCUUCAUGUCCAACCUCAAAAAACCAAAAUACCUCCACACCACCAAUGUUUUCAUGUCAGUGGUGUUGACAAUAUUGUCAUCUGUUGAGCCUUCAUCUGCAUCUGUCGGCUUCAUGUGUUUAAGUGCUACGGUUACGUAUAGCUGCUGCCUGCUGCCAUGCAGUUGUUUGCUACUUGAUUCCAAUUCAGCAUAUGAUUGGUUCAACGCAAAGCGGACCCAGAGCAACUCCCCUUUUCAUUGGCUAUUCGUAUAGUCUACCAAAACAUGGCAGAAUGCCCACUAUCAAAAAGAUAUUGACCAUGUUUUAUAUUGAUAUUGCAGAAAAUUAAUACUCAAUAUGUAUUGUUAUCGUUUUAUCGCCCAGCCCUAGUUAAUACAAUCAAACACUGUAUGUUCAUAAAAUUGAAUCUGUAAAAGAUUAAGUCCUGAUGUUCGACAUGUUCGACCAGCACAAAGACGGACAUUCAACCCUCAACAUUUCAGAACUCUUUCAGAAAGUUUUACAAAUCUAAUCCCGGUUCCUAAAACUUCAUUGCUGUCUCUCCUAGAUCACGUCAGUCCCGUCUGUCCUCUGAGAAAACACAAGACCAACCGAAAGCCUCGCACCCCCUUCAGCACGUCCCAGCUGCUGGCCCUGGAGAGAAAGUUUCGGCAGAAGCAGUACCUCUCCAUCGCAGAGCGGGCCGAGUUCUCCUCCUCUCUGACCCUAACUGAGACCCAGGUCAAGAUCUGGUUCCAGAACCGCCGAGCAAAAGCCAAGAGGCUGCAGGAGGCCGAGAUGGAGAAGCUCAAGAUGGCUGCAGAUGCCAAGACGGCUGCAGUAGCAGCAGCUACUGCAGGGGGUUUACAUCCUGGGUUUACAUUACCUCUGACGCUGGGCGCCAUGACACUGUACGGACAGUCUUACUCUGCCUACCAUCACCACCACAGACCCAUACUGCCCAUCUCACCUCUGGGACUUUAUGCUGCUCCUCUGGGCUACAGCAUGUACCACCUAUCAUAAACAUGGAAAUAUCACAGACUUUGUGUGAAUGAAUCUCCAAGGAUUGAACUCCAGGGACUGUGUCAGACUGACAUAAUUGAAAUCUAUGUUUAUGAUAUCUUUAUUGCACAGGGAGUGUUUGGAUCAACUUUAUAAGCACUUCGACGCAAAAAUUUAAGAAUCUAUUUUUCCACCAUGAGAAUCGAAAACGAGCUCCUUUGGACUGCCUGUUUACGAGCUUUGUCUUAAAGAGGAGGGGCUUCACCGUCCAUCUGUUUGUUUAGACUCUUCACUUGUUUACUUAUGCAAUAAUCACUUGGGGGGACUCGGCUUGCACUUCACUUCCGCCUCUUCCUUCGAUCUAUACAGUGCCUUGACUUAAGCCUUAGUUUGUGCGCUUGCGUGGAUGUCGAGUGUUUCAGAAACUCAGGCCAAUUAAAACAUAUCACUGAAGCAGUCAACAAAUCCAGCAAGUGUUUGCCUUAAAAAUGUGUUUUUUCCCGUUUAAAACACAGGCUGAUGUUUUAAAAAGGUUUUUCAACUACAAUUACACACUUUAAACUCUUUCAUAUUUUAUCUGAUAGCAAUAAAAGAAACAUUUUCACCACUUACAACACAUUUAUGACAUAUUUAUUCUAUCUCCUACAAUAUAAUUAUGCUGGAAAAUGUAUGAAUGCCUCAUCUUGUGUAUUUAUGAGAAUUUGGUACUAAACGUCCGACCAAAGGUGUAUUUAUAUUUCUCCUCUUCUUAACGUCCCUUUGAAAGGGCCUGCUCUCUUCUAUGCAGUUUGUACAGUAUAUAGAUAUUUUUCUCCCACCCAUGUUAUGAAAAGUUGUCGUUUUCUUAUGAAUAAAUGACAUUUAAUUUCAAAAAUAAAGUAGCAGUAUGAAAACAUUCAGCUAUGUCUACUCAGGAUCGUGUAAUUUGCCUGUGAAAUCAGCUGUUGUGCUUUUUUUUUUUCUUUCCCCCCUCUUUGCUUUUUUUCGCGCAUGUGUGCUCUCACAUCUUUGCGUGUGUGUGGUGUAAUCUGUGUCUGUGUUUCCCAUCAGACGGCGGUCACUUCAAGGCAAUGUUUGACAAACCAUAAAUGAUACCCAUAAAUUAUCCCAGUUCACAGAUAGUUCCCAUUAUAACUCACCCAUCAUAUACCGCACUGUUCAAACUUCUCUGUUUGGAGGCUGAAAUACACUUUUAUAGAGUCUGGUUUGCAUAGAAGGUUGUCUCUCUGGUAAUCAUCUACUCUAUAUUGACAAUUAUGAGUUAUCGGGAUGAGAGUUGCGUGAGAAACUCACAGCAGUGUUAGAACAUGUAAACGGUUUAUUGGGGGAGGAGGCGGACAGGAAUAAACACGAGACCCUGA